AUGUCGGGCAUCACAGAAAAUGGGGUGCGCUCCGUGCCCAUCGACCAGGAGGAUACGACCUCGUUGUUGUCCGUAAAAUCGGUACAGCCGUCGCCAGACACAAUGACUAAACUGGUAAAGCGCCUUCGCGCACUGACUCUGACUUUACUGCCCGUUGAGGCCGACGCAGAGUCCCUCAAUAGUCCGACAAGUCGAAUAAUUACCCCUCAGGUCAUCGCAGCCUAUAUCAUGGCUGGUGGCGACUUUGUCGAAGCAUUGCCAUACUGCCUCUUACGUGCCCAGGCGGAAUUCAUGUGGGACGCCAACCACAACGCUGCAGACUACGGCGAAAACUACGGCCGAGCUGUUGCAUGUGAAGUCCUCGCACGAAGGAUAGUCCACAGAGCCGCACCUGACAGACUGUAUUCAAUUAUGUCGACUCGAUAUUGCCAUCGUCAGGUCGAUGGAGAUGAAAGUGGGAUGUCUAGUGCCCUUGAACUUGCCAUCGAUUCGCAGUGCUUUAUUUUCCUCUCCUCGAGCGAGGCACAGGACGUGGUAAUUUCCCUAUGGAGAGGGGACUGGGUGCAAAGAGAGAACGGACAUCAUGAUAUCGACUAUGUGCCUUACCAGGACGCUGGGGAUGGCAGGUUCUGGAGUCAUUUAGACCCUGCCCGUCUUUCUGUACCUCGGUAUCAAAAUAUGUUCCGCAUCUGUGUCUGGAUUUCCUUCCUUGUCGUAUACUCUCAAGCAGUGCGAGAGCCACUGGAACGGCUGGGCAAUACCCACCAGGGACUCGAUGAAUGGGAAGUGGUCCUGUAUAUCAUGGCACUCGCGUUCUCUAUCGAAGAUGCCCUCAAGUUCUUCAAACUCCUCCGUUUCGCAAAUUGGAGGGCAUUUACCUACUGGAAUGCUGUAUCCUUUCUCACUGACUCCUUGCUCCUUGCUUCUUUCAUCUUGCGAAUUGUCAGUCUGGGGAGCAAGGAUGAUGAGUAUACGAAGCAAAUGAUGAUCAAAAGUUUCCAAGUGCUGAGUUUUGUCUCGCCCUUGAUAUGGUAUCUACUUAUGAGCAUUGUAGAGAUUAUUACAGUAUUUGAUGGGUAUAAAUAUAUUGGAACUAUGCAGAUCUGUGUGGCGCGUAUGUUAAGGGAGUCAGGCAUAUUCUUCGCGUUGCUCUCUGUACUUGGCAUUGGGUUCGCACAAGGCCUAUACGCUCUGGAUGCUGCGGACGGUGCUAUUGAAGAUCCUAGUGCAGUUGCGAGGAUGUUGAUACAAGCACUUCUUCAAUCUCCUGAUUAUGAUAGAUUUACCGGAAGCCCGGCAGGACUCAUACUCUACUACCUAUGGAACGUUGCUACGGCAGUAAUCCUCCUCAAUGUAUUGAUUUCCUUGUUCUCAUCUGCCUACUCGGAUGUCGUUGAGGAUGCUGAAGCCCAAUACCUUGCCUUCUUUGCAUCAAAAACAAUUGGGAUGAUCAGGGCUCCAGACUCAUUCGUUUAUCCCGCGCCAUUCAACUUGAUUGAAGUAUUCUUCGUCGCCCCGUUCGAGAUCUUGCCCAAAUUCCGCCUUGGAAGGGAAGCAUAUGCGACGCUCAAUCGCGUCGUCAUGUCCACAAUAUUCAUUAUCCCGCUUACAUGCAUUGCCCUCUAUGAGUCUACAAGGGAUUCCAACAAAGGCCACUGGGUAGAUAAUUGGUUCCGGGGAGACAAUGAGGGCUCGCAGGAUAGCCCGUCGAACAGAGAUCCGACAGUCAAUGAUGACAAUGGGCUACAGAUCAGCAAGGUUCCGUUCACGGAGCUGAUCAAGGUGUUCCCUGUUGUUACACAGUCGAGUGAAAGCGCUGUCGUGGGACAGAUUCAAGAGGUUAAGCAGCAGUUGGCUGCCCUGAUGGCAAAGCUCGACCAAAUUCAAGCCUCCGCCAGCUGA